CCCUCCCUCCCUCUCCUGCCCAGGCCGCUCAACUCGCUCACGCUCCGCUCGGCCUUCCCCGGCCCUCCCACGCCGCUCGAGAUGGCCGCUGCGGUGCGGCCGGGUGCGGAGCCGUGGAACCGCGUGAGGAUCCCCCAGGCGGGGAACUGCAGCACGCUGACCGUGCGGGACCCCAGCGCCACCCUGGGUGAGUGUGGCCGGCAAGGAAGUCCUAGCGUGUCUCCGGGAACCGGCGGGCGGGCUCACGUGGGACGGGGUGGGACUUCCUGAGCGCGGGGCACGCCGGGAAGGGGAGCGCCAGGCGGAAGGUCCGGCCUGGAUAGUGUGGCAUGAGGAUUGCUGGCAAGCGCCUGGGCUUCGCCGUGACUGUGCUGGAACAGGAGAGCACGACUAGUCCCGGCCCUGCAUGUGUAGCCCCCAAACGCUGCCUGGGUCCUGUGCUGUCCCCAAGGAUCGGGGCUGUCACCCAAGUACCGUACGCCGGGGCUUCGGACCUCCGGCUUGUCUCUAAAAUACAAGAGCUCGUUUUCCCCUUACUGGGCGAGGGAGUUACUCUGGUCUCUCGGUUCUUCUCAAGUGGGGAAAAAUGAGAUAGUUAGAGCAGUUUGUUUAGAAAACAGGGACUCGCAAAGAGAUGUGUGUGGGGGUGGGGUCUGUGUUGUGAGUUUUAAUUUAGUUUGUUAGUAUAUAUGCUGUGGAGGUGUUAACCAUAUAAGAGGGAUCGGGCGAUUUGAUUUACCCGCUCCCAAAUCACGGGCCGGCUCUCGUUUGGAACGUUCUUCCCAUGAUCCUUUAGAAAAGCCUAUUGGGUGGGUGGGACGAAAAGAUGGGCCCAUGCGUAUGGCCAAGCCGAAAUGAGGAUUCUCAGGAUUCACGUGGUAAAAAGCGAGAACCAACUUCUGCAAGUAAUAUGUUCUACAUCUCCCCCUGGAUUUAAUGCUGUGCUACAACCCCGACCCCCCCAAAACAUAUCUGCACUGCAGCUGUCACUAAAGGGUGCCACCUUGUCACACAGUCACUCAAGAGCCAGACCUUGGAUGCGGAAGUAGAUGUGUUAUGCUCAGUUCUCUACAGCAAUCACAACAGGUUGGGCCACCACAAGCCCCAUUUGGCCCUCAGACAGGUAGAACAGUGCUUAAAGCGUUUGAAACAUAUGAAUUUGGAGGGCUCAAUUGAAGACCUGUCACAGUUGUUGUCUGCCAAUGCAACUCAGCCUGGAGCUACAGAAAACCGCGUCGUCCCCAGCCAGCCGGUGGUGGAGGUGGUGCUGAUGAAGGUUUUGGGAGGCUGCAAGUUGUUACUGCGCUUGCUGGACUGCUGCUGCAAGGCAUUUCUGUUGACUGUGAAGCACUUAGGGCUAAAGGAAUUCAUUAUUUUGAACCUUGUGAUGGUUGGACUGGUGAGCAGGCUAUGGGUUCUCCAUAAAGGACUUUUGAGAAGGCUCAUUUCCUUAUAUGAGCCAUUACUCAGCUUGCGUCAGGAGAUCUCCAGCAUUCAUCCCAUGCCUUACUUCAAAGAUUUUGCCUUUCCCUCUGACAUCACUGACUUUCUAGGCCCCUCUUACCUUGAAGUGUUCAAGGUAAAAACACCUGCGGCUUCUGCUACUAAAGGAGUAACAAAGUUGCUAAAUAAACUGUUUUUAAUGAGAGAGCAGCUACCAAAGAUGAAUGAAGACACUUUAGAUAGACUUUCCAAACCAUCUGAACAAAUGACAAGCAAUCCACAGAGCACUGUGGACCUGGGCCAGCCAGUGAAAGCCUGUAAGAGGACCAGAAAAGAAAAGCCAUUGGGAUUUGACCUUCGGGCUUUUUGCACAAGACUUGGAAACAAAGCGACUCAGGAGACCAACCGUGACUUUAAAUAUUCUCAGUCCAAACUGAAGACAACCAAACUUCCCUCUCAGCAACUGAGAACUCACUGGGCUAACGAUACUGUGCAAAGAAUCCGAAAGACCAAGACGUUCGCCCAACUUUCUGAAGAAAUUGAAAUGGCAAUUGUGUGGUCCCGGAGCAAAAAGCUCAAGACUCAGGCUACCUUUCUGGGCAACAAACUUCUUAAGAGUAAUAGGUUUAGACAUGUGGAAUCUCAAGGCUAUAGUUUGACAAAGAAGCUCCAGUGCAUGAAAACAUCUCUCUGCAACUGCCUUCUCCGAGGCUCUCGUACCAGCACUUCAGAGCAUCCUCCCAGACAAAGAAGAUCAAAGUAUAAAGUUUUAUCAAGACAAAGGAAACCGCAGAGAAAGUUACAGUCAACUCUUUUAAAGGAAACCCAGCAGGUCCCUGAAGGGACUCUGAAGAACACUAGGGACAGCAGUGCUAAGAGGAGAUGCUCUGGGACAGUUCAGAGGUCAGAUGUCUGUCCUAAUGGAAAGCAGGUCUUGAGAAAACUUGCAAAGCCUGACCUAAAAACAAAGGUGGUGGUCCACGGGAAUCUUACAGGGGGCAGUAGAAAUGAAUCUGGCUUUCAGGCGAAGACACAGAUGCACACACACAAUGCGCCAGACACUGCUAAAGAGGCAGAUGACAUUGAUGAUAUUUUUGCUUUGAUGGGAGUUUAGAUGUACUGACGUGAAACUUCCGAGCAGGUAACAAGCUGGUCCAGUGCUCUGCUCCUUUAAGGGGUGUUGCUAAGCUCUGGGAACACUGCUUAGCCUGAGAGCUGCUUCUGUGCAGUUUGCCACAGGAGUGCAUUCAGGUCAAUAAACAUUCACAGCGGCCUUGUGUAAGCUAAUCACAUGGUGAGUGUUUGGCUUAGACUGUGCAAGGUGUUAACUAUGAUGAACAGUCUGAGGAACACGUCCUUCAUGACUGAAACAAGUCAGUUUCUGAAUUAGAUGAUUUUAUGAUCUACUGUUGAGUUAAAAUCUGAGUAAUUUCAUAAAAUCUUACAUAUCUGAAGGUAAACAGAACAAGGCUGGAGUAGCAAAGCACCAUAAAGGGUCACCUGGCCUCACUGACCUCACUCCCUUUUAAAGUUUUAUAUUUUGUGCGAGGGUGUGUACGUAUAUGUGGAUAUCAGAGGGUAACUUACAUGAAUGUGAAUAUCAGUGGGUAACCUGUGAGAGUUGGUUCUGUCCACCUAUGGGUUCCAGGAGUGGUGUCUUAGUUAGGGUUUUACUGCUGUGAACAAACACCAUGACAAGGCAACUCUUAUAAGGACACCAUUUAAUUGGGGCUGCCUUACAGGUUCAGAGGUUCAGUCCAUUAUCGUCAAGGUAGGAGGAGCACGGCAGCAUCCAGGCAGGCAUGGUGCAGAAGGAGCUGAGAGUUCUACAUCUUGUUCAAAAGCAAACAGGGGAAAACUGGCUUCCAGGCACCUAUGGUGCCAAUUCCUGGGCUAAGCAUAUUCAAGUCACCACAGGUGGACUUCAGAUUGUCAGGCAUAGCAUCAUGUGUUUACCCAUGGGCUGAGCCAUCUCCUGCCCAGGUCUUCCUUUUGAAUAACAAAUGUGAGUGUAUGCUAUGUUAUUAAAGAUGGAUUAUCAAAAGAUUUUCCAUUACUCAAAUGCUUAAAACCAUUAUCUAAUCUUCAUUUUGUCACUGUGUAACUCCUAAGGGGGUAUAUGAAAAAGCUUUUGGUGUUUUCCCAUUUUUGUUUCUAUGAAACAUCACAAAAAAGUAGCUAAGUGUAUGCCAGGAAUAAGGCCAAUCAUGAAUUUGAAACCUGGCAUCAAUGCCAUCACCUGAUUAUUUGUACAUACAUAUCUGUAAGCUGGAAAUGACAGUCAUGAGUUACAAAAUGAGCUGCUCUACCCAUGAAGAAAGGUAAUGUAGUCAUGGAAAGUCUGCUCAGCCCUGCAGGGCAGGAAGGGGCAGGAGGGGUAGGCUAAGGAGAAAACAGCGAGUCUUCCUUCCCCCUGCCCUCCAGUGACGGCACAGCCUACGGCCUGCAAGCCUGAAACCUUAGGCACAACUGCACACUUGCUUUAAAGGCCCGAGGGUGGGAGUGGCAGGAUAUGAAUCUGGAUUUUGCACACUCACUUCAACUAGGACACUGCUGCUUUCUGCUAUAAAACUGACCAUACUCAUGAGGCUCAAGAAAGCUCCAAGUUUGAAUAUUUCUGAUUUUGGGAUUCUUGGCCGUGGGGCAUUCUACAAUUAAAGACUGCAAACAGCCCCAAAUUCUGUAAUCUGAACCAUUUCCAGUUCCUAGCUUUGCAGAUAAGAGCUGAAAGGAGCAUUAGGUGUUCCAGUUGUAAGUGCAGAGUAUGACAGUUUGUGACCUUUCAAAUCCUCUUGACCCCACUGUGUCAACCCCCUGUUGCAUAGGGCUGGACCUUGCCUUCUGCUCUGAUGACCUGUCCUGGCAUUUUAGAAUGUGUGGUCUGUGUGUAUAGUAUACGUGUCUGUAUACAUGUAUGAGCGUUAUGAAUCUCUGGGUGCUUGGGUAUGUACAACUGGGAAGAGGUGUGUCCCUGCCUCAUCCUCUGGUCCCUGGGCAGGCAUUGCACUGGAAGCCCAUGCCUUGAGAAUGCUCAGAAAGCCCCUCAAGAGCAAGCCGCAGUGCCUGUCUGUGUGGUGGCCCAGCAUGGUGGGCAAGCAGUCCUUCCACUUCAGCGCUCCUUUUCCUGGUCACCUCAGCUGUCUGCUGCUGUGGGAAGCAUCGACAGACAGUUCUGCUUUUGGCAGAAGGAUGGCUUUCAAAGUAAUUAUUUUGACAUCUAUGUUUUGCUUUGAAAAACAAAACAAAACCUUUCUGCUAGUUAGGGUAAAAUAGACUAAUUCUAUCAACUGUAGAACAAUGGAAACAUUUACAAUUGGGUUUUUAAAAAGCCACAGAGUUGUGGAGCCUUACCACAGCUAUAACCUCUGACAGCAGUGUCACUUUGGAAUGCUAAGAUAUCUCAUGAAGAGUUAUGAGCUGCCAGUCAAAGCUCGUCUCCCCAUUCAGAAUCUAGCACAGUGACUCUAAACACUGCACUGACUGGGAACUUCUCCACCUAAAUCUAACUCCUGUUUACUUUUGCUGCGACUUUCAAGGUGGAGGGCCUUCUAUGAUAAAGCCUGUGACUUCUGCUGUGCUGUGUGGUUGCUUUGGGUUUGUAAACAUGCAGCUGUCUUCGGUAUUAUAACUUGUUAGCUUUGUUAUCUUUCAUAGCUAAGGUGCCGAUAGUCACCGUGGAGGUGAGGCAACAUCAAGUAGUUUUCCCAAGGACACUAGAAGCAGAACCUGAAGAUCAAGUCUCAGGACUGGUGCUUCCUUGGUCUGGCAAGUUUUGACAAUUUUUUUCAUAUUCAAUUAAAUACUAGAAGAAGAGUUAUUAGUAUACAAUCAUUUCCUUUCUAUUCACAUAUACACGCUUUACAGAGGGCACUCCCCUCCUUUACCUAGUUCACGUUUACAGAAUUGAAGACAGUAGACAUUUAUAAGAGAAAAACCUGACUUAUCCAACCUCUUUAUAGAAGCAGGGUCUCACUUCAUGCACUUGUAUAUGCUCUGGACUUGUCAGUUAAAAUAGAAAAGCCAGCUAGCAUCUGUCCUAAUGACCAAUAUGAUUUAAUUCAUUAUUUGUAACCCUUACCCCCAGCGCAUUUGUUCUUGCUUCAGGGUAAUGCAGGUCUUAAUGCCGAAUCUCCUUCAAGUUGAGAUGCACAAUAUUUAAAACAAUAUUGGCAUUCUUCUAGGUGUUUAACUCCAGUUGUCAGGAAGAACUCUGACACAUCAUCUACUCUGGGAGCAUUUACUUAAGACUUCCUGUUAUAUCUGCGAUAAAGCAUUUCAACAGAUGGACUCCAGAAUUGGUCACUGCACUGUGAAAAGAAAAGAAAACUUGAUUUUCUUCUUUACCUCAGAGGUUGCAACAGACCUCAAUUCAAGUAAUACAAAGCGCAAAAGGUUUUUUUUCUUCAAAUAAACUCUUUUAAGUUUUUCGAGACAAGGUUUCUCUGUGUAGCCCUGGCUGUCCUGGAUCUCACUCUGUAGACCAGGCUGGCCUCGAACUCAGAAAUCCGCCUGCCUCUGCCUCCUGAGUGCUGGGAUUAAAGGCGUGUGCCACCACACACAGCUGUGUCGA